AUCAUCGAGAAGCGCCGCCGCGAUCGCAUCAACAAUAGCCUGUCCGAGCUGAGGAGGCUGGUGCCCAGCGCCUUUGAGAAGCAGGGAUCAGCCAAGCUGGAGAAAGCAGAGAUUCUGCAGAUGACUGUUGAUCACCUGAAAAUGCUGCAUACAGCAGGAGGGAAAGGUUAUUUCGAUGCUCAUGCUUUGGCUAUGGACUAUCGGAGUCUGGGCUUUCGAGAGUGCCUGGCUGAAGUUGCUCGAUACCUGAGUAUUAUAGAGGGUCUGGACGCCUCUGAUCCUCUGCGAGUUCGCCUCGUGUCUCAUCUCAACAACUACGCCUCUCAGCGGGAAGCAGCAAGUAGUGCACACACCGGCAUUGGACACAUUCCUUGGGGCAGUGCCUUUGGACAUCACCCUCACAUAUCCCACCCGUUGCUGCUGGCUCAAAAUGGGCACGGUAAUACCAGUACUACAGCAUCUUCCACAGAACCACAUCACCAGACCAGAAUUGCUGCCCCACAUGCUGAAACUUCCUCACUCAGAGUGCCCCCAAAUGGCAGCGUUGGACCAGUGCUGCCUGUGGUCACAUCUACCACCAAACUGUCUCCUCCUCUCCUUUCCUCCAUGGCAUCUCUGUCUGCGUUCCCUUUUUCGUUUGGCUCCUUCCAUCUGCUGUCCCCCAACGUGUUGAGCUCGUCUACACCAACGCAGUCAGCAGCUCUUAGCAAACCAUACAGACCCUGGGGGACUGAGAUCGGAGCCUUCUAAGAACUAACUCUUUAGUGAGGGUGGGGAAGCCUACAAGCCUAGCUGAGCUGGGUUAUGCUACACUUAAAGUUGAAGUUCUUAAUAACUGGGUCAAAGGUACAGCUUCACCUUAACUAAGUUUGUCUAAAAACUGUCUCUUUGGAUUUUUCUUUUUUUUUCUGUUACAUUUUUGUAUUAGCAAGCUAUUUUGUUUGGAUUUUUUUUUUUUUUGAAUAGUUGCUGAAGUUGUCCAAAAAUAAAAUUACAAUAGUGGUUGUUAACACUUGUGUUAGAUCUGUGCUGAGCAUUUAAAUCACUUUUGUAAACAAUUUGUUUCCAAUGUUUCGUUUUUCCUGAGUACGUCAGACUGCCUUUUUAUGAAGACCUAUCACCUAUUAUUGUUAGCAGCAGCCUAGUUUAGUUGUUAAUUUUUCCAAGACCACUCUUCUCAGUGCUAACGAGCUGUGUUUUUGUUAGUGUUUUGACAUUGAGAUGUUCUAUAAAGAAUUACUCUUUUUGUAAACUA